UUGGUACAUGCAUAUAUCGUUUAGCAUAUGAAUUCGUGAAGAAUUUCUACACCGCAAUUACAUACGUACAUUAUUAGAAUCAUUAUUAAGCGAUAUCAAUAUCGCCUGGAUCUGAGAUCUUUGUAUUUUAAAAUUAAGUCCUCAAAAUAAUGAGUGUGCUCGCUUUUAAACUUAAGUAUUUUCAUUUAAUAAUUUUUGGUCAUUUAUGUAGUUUUUACACGGUUAUUUAAGCUGGAUGACCAUCUCAAUAUUCGAAGCAUACAUACAUGUAUCAAAAUUAUUUAAAAUGUGGUUAACUUAUCAUUUAAUAUGCUUAUUUUCAAUGGUCGAAAAAUCACUAGGUAUGCAGUUUUAUAAUACCCAUAAUUAUCUGAAUAUUCAUUUCAUAUUGUAUUUUUUUAGAAAGUGUGACUUGCCAGUCAAAUUCAAAUGAUCUGAGCUCGUCUAUUUUUGAACGGUUUCAUUCAAACUCAAAAUAUGUCUUUGGAACUAAAGUUUUCGAUUUUGCAAAAGCUACCAGUGACGAUGGAAGAAAAUUGUAUGAUAACAAUGGCAUGGACAUUGCCAUGAUAAAGACAGUUCAUGAUUACAGAGCAAUCGACGAUUUCUUGGCAAAGAAGGACCCAAAAUGUGACAGAACAAAUGUAAUAUAUUUGAUUGGAUCAUAUAAGUUAGUUAAUGAGAGCAUGUUGCUUGACGUCGACGGAACCCGCACUUCAUUUCAGAUGUUCGACUUACUGGAAUUGUUCGAUGAAAAUUCUUUUCAAUCGAAACUUAGUGAUUACGGUUAUAUGGCAGUAUUUUGUGAAAAACGAAAAGCAAAUUUGCUAGGGGUUGAUAUCGGGCAUAUCUUCUCAAAUGUUCCACACCACAACUUUCCUUUGGAGUACUCCAUCAUCUGUGAAUUCAAGCACGGAACCCCAUGUUUCGAUGAAAGCGACGAAACCAAACUGAACAAAGAAACCAAAGAUGAGCUAAAGUAUUUGGGUGAGAGUACAACUAGAGAGUACCGCAUCUGUAGCAUUCAGAAAAACUGGAAAGAUGCUUAUACGAAAUGCACAAAUGAAGAUAUGAAAUUAUUAGACCUGGAAUUUUCAAGGGAUACAGAAACCACUGAUUUAUACAAGUUACUUUCCAAGUUUAUUAUUGAUAAUAAAUUCUAUUCACAAGCAGUGUCGUUUAUAACUUCAGGAAAAUUUUCAAAGUUAUUUAAAGGACCUUCAGCUUCUGGUUUCAACUGGGACUGGGUCGACUCAUCAAAUGAAACCGAUCCAUUGUUAAAUUUUACAGAACGUGGCAGGCCUGGAAAGUGUAUGUCUGUUGGAGCUAUUCAUGAAAACUCGACGAACUUUGUACUUGUCCCGACCAUGUGUCAUGCCAUGCACUGGUGCAUUUGUUUCAAGAAUAAGACUUUCCUGAACGCAAUCAGAGGAAGAUCAUUCACCAAAUAUCACAAGAGUGACCACCACAUCUCACAAGAAAAUGAGGGCUGGGGGGGGCAAUAAUGGCGAGUCAAAUGAAGGAUUUCAGUGGUCAGGCGACAAACCGGAAAGCUUGAAAUACACUACCGUUUCACCCCCAAGUUACGACAUGUCUAAAAAAGCUGACCUAAUAUUACCUCUCUCAAAAUAUGCUUCUAGUCAUACUAAGUCAGAAAUAAGCAAAUUGGCUGAGGAUAAUAAGCUCUCAAUUGCACUAGCAGAUCUGCCUGAUAGGCAAACUUAUUCUCAACUUUCACCCGAGCAAGUUAACACCUUUCAGAACAAUGAAUGCCAAAAUUACGGUGAUUUCUAUUACCAUUCAUCGUACGAAGAUGAUCACAAUUAUCCGUUUUAUGAGGACAAUUACUACGAAGAAGACGAUUAUUAUGAAGAAGACGAUUAUUAUGAUCAGAAAUACUACGACAGGUCUUAUGAAUAUUACGAUGAUGAAAUUUAUGAUGAAUAUGAUGGGCCAUACAGCAAUAUGCCUACUGACAACCUGAGCUACGAGUCAAGCGAAUAUUAAGUCUGGCAAGAUUUUGUACUAAUGUUCAGCAGGAUCGGGGUAAAAUCUCAAUUUAGUUAGCAGCAAAGCAAGUAAAUCUUUACUCUACGUUUUCAUAUUAGAUGGAAUUAAGAUUUUAAUCAUACAUAUACAUAUGCAAGCGAU